GAUGUUCGUGAAACGAAAAUUCGGUGCAGGUCAGUUGACACGGUUGAGUGAAAAUAUCGCAGGAAGUCUAUCGUAUCAGGUCGUGUUUACGGUUGAUUUAUUGAGAGUUGGAAGUACUAGUUUGGAAACAGAAAUCGAAAAAGAAAUGGCAGCGUAUACACCAGAUCCCGAGCUUUCUAAAAUUCUUACCAAAUUAUGGGAAAUGGAUGACAAUAAAUGCUACCCUGGAGAGGAUUACGAUAUUGAACUCCAAGGAUUUGUAAAAUCUACAAGAGAUGUAUCUAGAGAUUUUGCUCGUGAACAUUUAAUUCAGGACUUGGAUGAAGAUAAAAUAUUUGGAAGAAAAACUUAUGGAGCAUUUAGGAAAUUAUUGGAUAAUUAUGAAAUGGAAUGUAAUGAACAAGAAAACAUAACAUGGGAAGAAAAACAGGAAAAUUAUGAAUUUUUAGAUGCCAUUAUGGAAACUGAUGUAAUGAAGGAAGCCCAUCAGUAUUUAGUUAGCGAGGGGAAAGCAUCGAGUGAUGAAUAUGACUUUAAAAGACAACUUCAUGAUAUUUGGUUUAGGAUGUACAGACGAAAAGGUUGCAGGGGAAAUGACUCCAGUAGUUUUGAGCAUGUAUUUGUUGGAGAAGGAAGGGGAGAUGAUAUGAUUGGUCUUCACAAUUGGUUACAGUUUUAUCUACAGGAGAAAGCUGGCUAUAUCAAUUAUAAUGGUUACUUCCGUCGUGAAACGGUUAAAAAUGAUGAAUAUCCACGUUUAAUAGCUCUUCAAUUCACAUGGCGAGGAGAGAAGGCUAAACCCAUGUGUAGCUGUUUUUUGGGUACAAGUCCUGAGUUUGAGAUUGCUGCAUACACAGUAGCAUUAUUGAUGGGAUAUGAUGGUACUACCGAUUGUCAGAUAGGCGAAUAUGAAACUGAGGUCACAGUUCAUUCAUUUGGUGGAUAUCAUAAAAAAUUAAGCACAGCUUAUAUAACAGCUGCUAGAAUGUUUUAAUAAGAUUGAAAUGAAAGCUAGUCAUUUUAUUUUUAUUUUUUCUGUAAAGGUAUUAUUUCUACGGACAUGUAGUUCAUAUUUACAAUAUUUAAAACUUACAACAGUAACUAGUGCUUAGAUAUUAGAUUAGCAAAUCAAAUAAAUUUACAUGAAAUUAUUGUGUUCAUGAAAUAAUUUAAAGAGUCCAGGGGAAGAACGAUCUAAGUCAAAUUUUUGUUUUUUCUCAUAAAAGGCAAAAUAGACUUUUGGACGAGAAUGCUUGACGCGAAAAGAACAAUGAGUUGGUUUAAUUACAACUUCAAAAUGAUGUUUAAUAUGAAUCAUAAUUACCAGUACAACAACUGACUUUCACUUUUCAGCCAAAUUAAGGUCAAAUAAAUAUGAUGGACUUGUAUUUGUCCGGGAGGCCAUUUCAGAAGGGCCUUGGUUCAAUGUGACUCCAAUCGUUUUUACCUGAAAUUGAUUGUUCCGCAGAAAGCUUAUACAAUUUGCUACAAGAUGGUGCCAUUAACUGGGGUUCGUUGGAAAAGUGACUUAGAUCGUUCUUCCCCGGGGCUCUUCAUUUGGUACUUGAGAAUUAGCAGACAGCAUAUUACCUGUGAAAAGUUUCUCCUUAUUACAUGAUACAGAUUGUCUCAGAUUUUUUGGGCAAAUUGGUUUGACAUUUAUUUGCUAGUAAUGAAAUGGUUGUCUUGGAAUCUGAUCCCUAAAAUGUAGGCCAACAAAUUUGUUAACAUAAGAAGACUGAUGUGUUGAACCAAGUGCUAAAUUUAUGGCAGCAUAUGAAUAUAUAUAUUUAUAUAUGUAGGCCUAUAUGUAGAUAGUGAUUAACUUAUACAAUUAUUUUUCUAGUGCUUUUCAGGGUAGAUCAGGCGUAUUGUAGCAUUACAUUUAAAAAUUAUGUACUUAAAAACAACAAAAUAUUGAAGGUUUGUUUAUCUUUACAAGCAUUUUCUGAUUAACAUGUUGGAACAUUUCAGCAAUGCUUAUAUAGUAAGUGCAGGAGGACUGCACUACAUGUACAUGCAAAAGAAAACUGAUAAAACAAACCUGCAGACAUGACAAGAAGACAGCUUAACAGUGCAUUCUGCAUAUAUAUUUAUUCUCCAGUAAUGAAUGUUAAUUAUUCAUGUUAGAUCAGGUUAUGUGUCAAUUUAGGUUGUAUGCUAUCUAUAAUAGUUUUGAAGAAUCAAACCUUUGCUUGUGUUUUUUAUUCUACAUUUAUGAUGUAUGCAUUUACUACACACAUUGCUUAUUAGAAUUAGUGCAAUUAUUAUUGAACUUGCCAUCUAAACUUGUAUUAUUAUUAUCAUAUAAUUGUUUUCAAUUUCUUUACAAAAAAUCUUUGUUAUUGUUUUUUUUUUAAAUCUCUUUACACCUUUAAAAUGCAGACUUAAAUGAGGGUAAUGUUUUAUUUUAACGCACAUCUUCGGUUGGAACCACUUUGAACAACAAAUCAAAAUAGUGUGCAAAAUCAAAUAGCCAAGGCAUGGUAAAUAGGUAUUAUUGAUGGGUGGUUGUAUUAUUGGGAUAUUUAUUCAUGUUUAAAUAUUCGUACAAUUUAUAAUAUUUCUACCCUUGCAUAUAUCCUAAAUUGUGUUGUUGUUUUUUUGUCCCCCGCCUUUCGAAGAAAGCAGGGGACUAUUAAAAUGGGUUCGUCCGUCUGUCUGUCUGUCUGUCUGUCUGUCUGUCCGUCUGUCUGUCCGUCUGUCUGUCCGUCACACUUUUUGGGACACAAUAACUCUCUUCCUAAUUGAGCUAGAAUGUUCAAACUUGGUGUAUGUGUUUAUUAGGUCAAUGCCUUGAUGGAGUUCGAAGAUGAGCAUUUUCCGCUUAGGGUAAGCAGAGAUAAGCAAUUUGAUUGGUUGAUGCUUUGGGACACGAUAACUCUCUUCCUAAUUGGGCUAGAAUGUUCAAACUUGGUGUAUGUGUUGAUUAGGUCAAUGCCUUGAUGGAGUUCGAAGAUGAGCAUUUUCCGCUUAGGGUAAGCAGAGAUAAGCAAUUUGAUUGGUUGAUGCUUUGGGACACGAUAACUUUUAAUUGAGCUAGAAUGUUCAAACUUGGUGUAUGUGUUUAUUAGGUCAAUGCCUUGAUGGAGUUCGAAGAUGAGCAUUUUCCGCUUAGGGUAAGCAGAGAUAAGCAAUUUGAUUGGUUGAUACUUUGGGGCACGAUAACUCUCUUCCUAAUUGAGCUAGAAUGUUCAAACUUGGUGUAUGUGUUGAUUAGGUCAAUGCCUUGAUGGAGUUCGAAGAUGAGCAUUUUCCGCUUAGGGUAAGCAGAGAUAAGCAAUUUGAUUGGUUGAUGCUUUGGGACACGAUAACUUUAGUUCUAAUUAAGUGAGAUUGAUGAAACUUGGUGUAUAGAUUUAUUAUAUGAAUACCUUAACUAAGUUCGAUAAUGAACAUUUUUUGCUGAGGGUAAGCAGAGUGAUAAGCAAUUUGAUUGGUAGAAACUUUGGAACACAAUAACUCUCCUUCUAAUUGAGGUAGAAUGUUCAAACUUGGCAUAGGUGUCUAUUAGGUGAAUGUUUAAACUUGAUGUAUAUGUAGAUGUUCAUUAGGUGAAUGUCUUGACUGAGUUCAAUAAUUAACAUUUCGAGCUGAAGCUAAGCAGAGCUAAUCGAUUUCAUUUGUCGAUGGUUUGGGACAAGAUAAUCUUGAUUCUAUCUGAUAGAGAGUGAUGAAACUUAGUGAAAAAAAUAAAUGUGCGAUUAAUUAAUAUGUGUCAUCUAUUUAUUUUGCAAUUUCGGCGGGGGACAUCAGCCUCACUGUUGGCUUGUUUUUCUAAUUUCUGUUAUCAGUAUCUAUUUUUAUGUAAGAGAAUCUCACUUAUGAUAUCUUUAUCUUUACACAAUAAAACUAAUUUCUUA